AGCAAUCUUAGUAUGGAACAGCUUCAAUUUUGUAGAGCAUAUAUCAAUAAAAGAGUUCCAUUUAACAUGGCCAAAAUAAUAUCACUAAAGUUGUUCAAACCACAGUAUAUUUAUGUCUAUCGUGUACAACGAUAGAUCAAAUUUCAUGUCAUUGUAUUUGUUCAAAGGAAUCAACGAGGCAUGUCCAAAACGGCUUUACGAGUAUGAAUAAGCUAUGAGAAUACACAAAUACACAACUAUUUGUACUGACGUACACUUGUUUUCGCUUUAGCUCAAUUGGAAGUGUGUCACGGAUAAUUUGAAAGAAAGAUAACACCACAUACUACAAUGUCCACGUGCAAAGCGUUCGUGUUGGCGGUGAUUCUUGCGCUGUGCACGGGUAUCUCGGGGGGCCAGUGUCCAGCGAAUUGUAAUUGCACCGGAACUGCCGUAAGAUGCAUGGGACAACAACUGUCGACCAUACCCCUUUCCCUACCGGACGCUACCCUCUUGGAUCUAUCCAACAAUAUGCUCGCAUCACUACCCGACGAUGCGUUCAAAGAUUGGCCAAAUCUAACGGAACUGGACCUUCACGGCAACCGAAUACGCAACAUUUCACAGGCGACGUUCAGGGGCUUGACAAAACUACGUUAUCUGUAUUUAAACGCCAACGAACUGGAACCCAUAGGCGACGGCGUAUUUGAAGGAAUGCCGAAUCUGUUCUCUCUGGACCUUACACUCAACCGAUUACGCAACAUUUCACAGGCGACGUUCAGGGGAUUGACAAAACUAUUUAUUCUGUAUUUAGACAACAACAAACUCGAAUCCAUAGACGACGGUGUAUUUGAAGGAGUGCGGAAUCUGACCCGUUUGAACCUUCCAGGCAACCGAUUACGCAACAUUUCACAGGCGACGUUCAGGGGCUUGACAAAACUACUUUCUCUGCGUUUAGACGACAACAAACUCGAAUCCAUAGACGACGGUGUAUUUGAAGGAAUUUCGAAUCUGACCUAUCUGUUCCUUGAUCACAACCGAUUACGCAACAUUUCCCAGGCGACGUUCAGGGGCUUGACAAAACUAAUCUCUCUGUGA